CUCCACAAUAUCCAAGUUUUGUCUACGUGAACGAAAGCCAAACCAAUUCCCUAGAAAUCACGUGGAUGUCCGGCUUCAAUGGCGGGUUAACUCAAACCUUCACUUUAGAGGUAACGCCCCUGAGUGCUGCUGACGUCACCAAUGCAACUGUACUGCGCCUGGAGGACCCUGGGUACCUUCAGACCACGACUAACCUCAUCACUGGGUUACGAGAAGGGGCGAGCUAUACCGUACGACUGACUACCGAAACUAACAGACCUGUAGGUGUCCGGAGCAGGAACAUAUCGACGACAGCCACCACUUAUUCCAGAGGACCCUUCACUUGCGACAAACUGAAGCAAGAUGGUUUGAGCAGCGGGUACUACACCAUCCAAGCAGAGGGCCCUGGGGGAAUGAUCCAGUUUCAGGUGGAAUGUGACAUGACCUUUGACCCCCCAUUGACCAUUGUCCACCAUGAUAUAGAAGGUCGAAGCAGUCAACUUGGGCCUGGUCAGGCGGGCUAUACUUACAGAGAUCUGACGUAUCCUACUGCUUCUAUAUACCAGAUGACUGCCUUAUUGAAUAUGUCUGGUCACUGUCACCAAUACAGACAAAUAGAGUGUCACGGGCUAGGAAAUCCAGGGUCAGGCACUGAACAUACUGAUCGUACUGGGGUAUACAGUUAUUGGGGCGCUUACUUCCCUGGAGGAUCCCCUGUCUCCAGGUGUCUGUGUGGGAAAUAUUCCGCAUGUGAAAACGGAAGAAGUGAUUGCAGCUGUACACAGAACGAUGCCGUAUGGAGGAAGGAUUCCGGGUACCUUCAGGAAAAGAAUAUUCUUCCCAUUGUGCAGACCAGAAUUAACGAUAUUGAUGGCGGUGAUGAAAUGGGUUUUGAAACACUGGGUCCAUUGGUUUGUACCUCCUGGGUGGAAGGACGCGAGCGACCUCUAGGGAUGCAGAGUAACCACAUACCCACUUCUUCUCUCUCCGCAUCUUCAACACACAGCACUUGCGCUCUUAAUGGCGGCAGGGUGGGAAGCAGCCCCACUUGGUGUGCCGGCGGCAACAGCGCCACCCAGUGGUACCAAAUUGAUUUUGGAAGGAAUAUGACCAUUACAAAAGUAGCAACAGUGGGACGUUCAUCCCACACACAGUUCGUGAAGAAGUACACGCUCCUCUUCUCCGACGACGGCUCCAAUUUUGAAUGUUAUUCCAAAGCCGAUGGAACAUGCAAGAAAUUUCCAGGAAAUUGGGAUGCUACUACGACUCGACACAAUUACCUGAGACCCGCCGCCAGAGGGCGCUCCAUACGUUUCAACCCCCUAGAGUGGAAUAGUCACGUGAGCUCGAGCUUCGAGGUGUAUGGCUAUGAUGAAGGAUAUACUAAUACCAGCCAAAUAAACGAGGGCAGUUCCGUCUCUCUGUCAUGUCCUACUGGGACCUGGAUAGACAUUCUGGAUGCGUUCUACGGAGUGGAGAGUAUUGGUUGCAGGGCAGAUCAGAGAGCUUCUAUAAAAGCCGCCAAGAACCUGUGUCAGCAGCGUACUAGCUGUACAGUCAGUUCAAGUACUGGAGUAUUUGGUGAUCCGUGUGCAGGACCAGCAAAAUACAUGUGGAUAACCCACAAAUGUGUAUCCAUUUUGAGCUCCUGCUACGAAUAUUACAAGUAUGGAUUUCGGUACAGUGGUCAUUUUGAAAUUGACCCUGACGGAGCUAACUACGGUGUUGGUCCUUUCAUGGUGGAGUGUGACAUGACUACAUGGCCCCCUGGGAGGACAAUCAUACACCACAGUAGAGAUGACACCGAGUCCAGUCAAAUCUCAGGCUACGAGGCCUGUGGAAGCUGGAGCCAAGACUUGACCUAUUACGGCAUAGACGUUGCCAACCAGAUGGCGCCGUUUGUAGACACCGUGGCCACCUGCUCCCAGUAUGCCAAGUUACGUUGUAACGGAGCGUCUGGCGUUGGUUCCUGCAACCAGGCACAGGACAGAAGUGGCACGGCAAUCGCUUAUUGGGCCGGCGGUAAUAGCGUCAAUAAAUGUUCAUGUGGAAUUGCAGGAACCUGUGUUGAUGGCAGAACUGAUUGCAACUGUAACAAAAACGACCACGUGUGGAGAACAGAUGAGGGGUAUUUUACUGACAAGUCCUUACUACCCAUAAAGAAAUUCCUCUCUGGUGACACUGGAGACGCCGGAGAAUCUGCCUAUUACACUGUUGGUCCAUUAGAGUGUGAACCAGCCUUACCGUCUUGCACUGAAUGGAAAAAGUUUAACAGCACUAGCGGCCUCUAUUGGGUUGACCCAGAUGGCGGUGGAGGUGUGGCCGCUUUCGAGGUGUAUUGUGAUAUGUCAACUACACCACCCACUGUGACCUUUCACCAUGAUUAUGAAGACAGGACCCACGUCAGCGGCUUUGAUGGUGCUUAUUCGUACUCGAAAUCGUUGGCGUACAAACACUACCAUAGCAUUGGUUGCUGGACAGAUACUAGUACCAGAGCUAUUGCCACGCUGGAAGGUGUGGACUCAAAUUUGGAUGGCUCUUACCUUACAAGAAGCAACCCAAUCUACAAAUGUUACCUAGCGGCCAAGUCUCGCGGCUACACAUAUUUUGCUGUCCAGCAUGGCGGCUGGUGCGCUUCUGCUGCUACUGCUGGCGACACCUACGAUAAAUACGGAUCUUCAGAUGGCUGUAACAGUGACGGAGAAGGAGGAAGUUUGGCUAGCGAAGUGUACAAAAUUUAUGAAGCGAGUGUUGAUCAAGUGGCGGCAUACGUAGAUUACAUUGGAUCAGAAUGCACUCAGUACAUAAAGUACGAAUGCUACAAUUCUGUCAUUAAUGGCUACGGUGGCUGGUACGAUCGGCAUGGACAGAAAGCGCCAUUUUGGGGCGGAGGGGAUCCAGACGGUACCUCUACCAACUGCGCAUGCGCACAAGAUGGCUCCUGUUCAGUCUCUUCUAAUAGAUGCAACUGCGACAAAAAUGACAACGUUUGGCGGUCAGACGAAGGAAACAUCACGGAGUCAGGCUAUCUGCCGAUAUCGAUGAUUAAAUUUGGAGACACUGGAGCUGGAGAACAAGGAUAUCAUACUGUUGGACCCCUCACGUGCCGCGGGUAAACGCCUUGCGGACCACUCGAAGUGAUACUGUACAUUUCGUUCAGAAAAGAAUAAAAGUUGCUGUCUGUGUUUUCUUGUUUUCCAGCUUAACAAUUUGGGCAUGUAGUUCCAAAAAAUAGACAAACGCUCUCAUAUCUUGAAUUUCGUCGAAGGAUUGGCAGAAACCGAGAUGGAUAAUUAUCAGCAUGAACCAAAUCGGUUUCAUGCCAAACAAUAUCUAUUGUUGAUUUCUUAAACGCUUUUCUGUGGACUUACAGAUAAGGUAGUUCACUGGAAAGAAUUUUCCCGUUAAAAUCUAAAUAGCAAUACUUUACCUAAAAGAUUAAAAGAGCGUAUGCUAAUUUGUCGUCUUUUGCCUAACUUGGACAGAAUGCGGUCAAUUCAAGCAAAGUAAAUUAAUGCUGGAUUAUGAUGAAAAAAAUUGUUCAUUCUUAAUUUUGGCCCAGUUUUCAAAAAGGUCCAGUCAAUUAUGCUGAAGGUUUUGACCUCAGAGUAAUGUAAUUAAAAAAGGCUGACUUAUAUAUGACGUUUAACCUAACAUUCAUGAACAUGGGGCGCUUCUUUACAAUCUGAUUCAGUAUGUAUGUAAAUGUACAUGGAGGUAUCUUUUUCGUUUGUCAGAAAUUUUGGGUAUGGGGAACAUUGUAUGCAUCAUAUAUCAUUAACUUGUAUGUUUAUCUUGAUUUAAGAACAAUAUUACCGACAAUACUGUUUCCCUUUAUACGUACUGUAUUACUUACUGGGUUCAACGGCGCUAUCGAGAACAAUGCUGUUAUUUUCAAUAUGUAUUACUUUUGUAGAGCAC